AUGCCGGGAGUCCUGCUCUCACUGCUGAUUAAAGCGUGUUUCCCAGGGCCACCACUAGGGGGCAGUAACAGGGAGAUAAAACUGUGUGUUGAUGUAAACGAACCUAAUGUGACCAUCAGGGAUCUGAAGCUGGACAAUCUGCUGCUGGACACGGAGGGAUACGUCAAGAUCGCCGACUUCGGCCUCUGCAAAGAAGGAAUGGGUUUCAGGGAUCGCACCAGCACGUUCUGCGGCACGCCCGAGUUCCUGGCGCCGGAGGUUUUAACGGAGACGUCGUACACCCGCGCCGUGGACUGGUGGGGGCUGGGCGUCCUCAUCUUUGAGAUGCUGGUUGGGGAGUCGCCGUUUCCCGGCGACGACGAGGAGGAAGUGUUUGACAGCAUCGUCAACGACGAAGUUCGCUACCCGCGCUUCCUUUCCACUGAGGCCAUCUCCAUCAUGAGGAGGCUGCUGAGGAGGAGCCCGGAGCGCCGCCUGGGAGCGGGAGAGAGAGACGCAGACGAAGUGAAGAAACAUCUAUUCUUCAGGAACGUGGACUGGGAGGGGCUGCUGGCCAAGAAGGUGAAGCCGCCGUUCGUGCCGACCAUCCAGGGCGCCAACGACGUCAGCAACUUCGAUGACGAAUUUACCUCAGAGGCUCCGAUUUUAACCCCCCCCAGAGAACCUCGACACCUGAGCUCAGAGGAGCAGAACCUGUUUUCUGACUUUGACUACAUCGCUGACUGGUGUUAGCUCCGCCCAUCGUCAUCAGAGACUCACUGUGAACCGAGCAGCCCGGCGGUGACGGUUUCCUGCCCGACAUGAUGAGAGAACGAAGCUCAUUGGUCCCUGAGCCUCCAAACUGUGCCAUUGACCACGUCAUCUACUCGGACCUGUUGCUUUUUUAAUCUGUGAGAUCUUUUUAAAAAAAUCAAGAGGAAUGUGGUUGGAUGGAAGCUUCCUGCACAGAUCGUCGCCGUGUCCGUUGACUGACCACUGAGAAUGUUUUACAAAUAGACUGAGAAGGCGGCUCCAGUACAAUCACAAUAUGCAGUGUUGCUGUCUUUUUUUUUAUUUUUAUCCUGUACAGAUAUUCAGUCACAUAUUUGAUGUUCUAUUUUAUGUAAAGCCCUUAGCAUGGAUCAUAUCUGAAUCUGGUGUCGAGUGUUAGCUUCUUCUCCGGACGGUUCGGCUACAGCAGACAUCUUGACUACUACAGCUGCUUCCUCACUUGAAAAACAAAGAAAUAUGCGAGCCCGUUCAAAACAUUUCCCCCAGAAACCUCCAUGUAUGGGGAGAAAUUUGUUCCAAUAUUGUUAGAAGCAAAAAAAAAA